AUGGCAACAACUCUGAAGUUGUCUGGUCUGCUUCUGCCUCAGGACUCCUGGGUCCUCAAGCCAAUCCGACCACCCGGUGAAAGAGGCCAUCCUGGUAAAGAAGGUCCAACUGGUGAGAAGGGAGCUUACGGCCAGGCAGGUUCCCCAGGUCUUAUUGGUUAUCCCGGUCAUCGUGGUGUCAAGGGUGCUGAUGGCGUUCGUGGGCUGAAGGGUGGAAAGGGAGAGAAGGGUGAGGACGGUUUCCCUGGUUUCAAGGGAGACAUGGGUCUCAAAGGUGACAGAGGUGAGCUUGGUAUGCAUGGGCCCCGUGGUGAGGAAGGACCUGAGGGUCCUAAGGGAAGAGCAGGACCCAACGGAGAGUCUGGCUCCAUGGGGGGUGCUGGAGAGAAGGGAAAACUGGGUGUUCCAGGGUUACCCGGCUACCCAGGAAGACAAGGACCAAAGGGUUCCAGCGGCUUCCCAGGCUUCCCAGGGUCCAACGGAGAGAAAGGAGCCAGGGGCGUGGCGGGCAAAACCGGUCCAAGGGGACAAAGAGGUCCAACGGGGCCACGAGGUGGUCGAGGUGCUAGAGGUUCAACAGGCAAGCCGGGCCCUAAGGGCACCGCGGGCAACGAUGGGCCACCUGGCCCGCCUGGCGAGAGAGGACCUCAAGGACCACAGGGCCCCGUCGGGUUCUCAGGACCAAAGGGCCCCCCUGGACCACCUGGAAAGGACGGGCUGCCCGGCCACCCUGGGCAGCGAGGAGAGACGGUGAGUGUUCCAGUCCACGCCCCCUCGUUAGAGCCGUCACACACCUGGGCUCACCUGGCCAGUGGACUCGGACAGACACUUCCUGCCAGGUGUGGAAC